AUGACUAAAAACCCGUCCCAUCGUAGAACUAGAUCUCGUCUACCGUCCGUAUCAUCAUUGUCUUCUAUAAAUUCUAGUGAUAAUUGUAGUUCCUCCUCUGGUACAUCUAAUGACGUGUCCGAAUCUACUUCUGAAUUCACUGAUCAGCUUUAUCCCCUUGGUUUACGGGUUCGUUCUAUUUCCCCAGAUGGAAAUUGUCUUUUUUCAACCUUUGCUGAUCAACUCUAUGGUAAGCCCCACUAUCAUCCUCGACUUCGUAAACGGGCUGUCGAAUAUCUCAGCAAACAUAAACGCGAAAUCAGACCAUUUUUAGGCAACACAUCCUAUAGUGCUAUGCUUGACGAAUUGGCUGAGUCUGGUACAUAUGGUGAUCAUCUCUCAAUCGUUGCUCUAGCUCGAGUCAAUCACGUCGAUGUAAUCGUCCACAGAAUUGGUGAACAACCCCGCCUAGUUGCUCAAGGUUGUUCUGAUCCACAGUCCUGUUCUCUCACUACUCACCGUCAGGUUCAUCUCGCUCUAGAUUCCGAGCAUUAUUCAAGUGUAAGAUCUAUUGAUGGUCCCACACAUGGCCCUGCCAAUAUCCUUCUUGAUCUUAGAACGCUGGAGAAAAAUGCUGCCAAGUCGCACCGUCGACACCGUCAUCGCAGUGAAUGUACUCACAAUGGCAAUUACCGUCGUCACCAUCACAAACACCGUCACCGUAGCUCAAGUGGCCAAAAAUAA